CUGCUGCGCCUUUAAGAGCGACGCUGAGGAGGAAACCUAAUAUCUCUGCAUAUCCAGCUCAAGUCUCCAUCAAUUAACAGUAAGAACCGAGACCAGGACGGUGUCUGCACCUCUGCUCUGUUUACCAAACUGCCUCUGCGUUUUCUUGGUUUUUAUCUGCUCUUUCUCGCCGCACACAAACCGGAUUAAAUUACGCUUUGCACCUUUAAGAAGCUGUCAACGGGAUUAGAGUUACGCGCGCUGAGGCAGGUCGGAGGGCUUUUACGCACCGUCGGUAUCCAGAGGAGGCACUUUUCUCCCUCUUCGCUGGUCCUCACACCGCCAUGGCCGAGAUAGGGAAAGGGGUGACCGCCGGGAAGCUGGCCAGCAACGUCCAGAAGAGGCUCACCAGGGCGCAGGAGAAGGUUUUGCAGAAACUCGGCAAAGCAGACGAGACCAGAGAUGCUGCCUUUGAGGAGAUGGUGGCCAACUUCAACAAGCAGAUGACAGAGGGCACCAAGCUGCAGAAAGACCUGAAAGCCUACCUGACUGCAGUGAAAACGAUGCACGACGCGUCGCGGCGGCUGCAGGACUGUCUGGCUGAAAUGUACGAACCCGACUGGUUUGGCAAAGAGGAGAUGGACGCGAUGACGGAGGAGAUGAUAGAGAAGGAGAUGGACUAUAACUUGGAGGACACCGACACCUUGUGGUUGGACUACCACCAGAACAUCACCGACAAAUCUCUGGUCUGCAUGGACACGUACCUGGCUCAGCUUCCUGACAUCAAGGCUCGUAUAGCGAAGCGGGACAGGAAGAUGGUGGACUUCGACAGCGCCCGGCAUCACUUCGCCUCCUUACAGAAGGGAAAGAAGAAGGACGAGGCCAAGAUCGCCAAGCCAGCAGCCCUGUUGGAGAUGGCGGCUCCCAGCUGGGCUCAGGGUUUGAUAUCAGCCCACCAGGUGGCUCAGACUAACCUCUCCUACAACCAGGCCGAGGAGGAGCUGGGUCGAGCUCAGAGGAUCUUUGAGGAGCUGAACGUGGAGCUGCAAGACGAGCUUCCGGCGCUGUGGGACAGACGUGUUGGCGUCUAUGUUAACACAUUCCAGGGCCUGGCAGGUCAUCAGGAGAAGUUCCACAAAGAAAUGAGCAAGCUUAGCCAAAACCUGAAUGACAUCAUGACCAAACUGGAGGAGCAGCGGCAGCUCAAAAAAACUCCAACUGCAGCAGCAAAGACGGGAGACGGUGCAAAGAGCGAGGAAGCCAACCACAGUGAAUCAGCGAGCUCAGCACCAAAGAGGCCCGGUCCUCCUCCCAGUCGGCCUCCACCCAGACUGACGCCUUCACCGGACCAGAGGCAGCAGCGUGCCGGCCAGCUGGAGGACGAAACCUCGGUGCCUGACACUAACACAGAUUCGACUGACACAGCGCUACAGGCGCCGUCAUGGGACUCAUGGAGCGCGGUGACCAACGGCUCCGACGGUGAACUUCCUCCAGGGUUCCUCUACAAGGUGAAAGCGAUACAUGACUACGCCGCCACUGACGGCGAUGAGCUGGAGCUGAAGAUUGGAGACAUGGUGCUGGUUGUGGCCUUUGACAACCCCGAUGAGCAGGAUGACGGUUGGCUCAUGGGCGUCACCGAGUCCAGCUGGAUGCAGAACAAAGAUAUUUCAGCCAAAGGUGUUUUCCCUGAGAACUUUACCCAGAAGGUUUGAGGACAGCGCCACCUACAGUUUCUGCCCCCUGCUCCGAUCACUCCUCACACAUCUUAGACAUGAAGACAGACAUAUCGUCACUAAAUGUCUACCUGUAACAACACGAGAUAAUGUUGAAAACGGUGCCACUUAGUAAUUACACAAAAACAAAGUUAAAAGAUGAUAAAGAAUUUGGUUUAAUUUCUAAUGUUUUAGUCGAACUGUAAACCCAAAAUUAAACUCGUUCAUUUGGUUUUGUUCAUAUUUUUAUCAAACAAAACACAAAGCAUGUGUUAGUUCUAUUUUAACCGGAUAAUUACGUCACGAAUGUACUGUAUGAAUGUCAAGAUGUUUUAUGUUGUGUGUUGUCGCCGGUUGUGUUUUGAGAACUUUUCACGGUUCCCUGCAUGAAGCGUUUCGUUGUAUUGUCAUUUGCUUUGUACCACAACAAACACUGUGACAGCAGGUGGAGUCGCUCUAUGAAACAUGGCUGAGAGGUCCUAGAAUAGAGCCCUGGAGGACACCACCCAUCUAAACGGUAGAUUAUCAAAGUCUGUGACAGCUUGUUGGGCUUGUAGAGUUUUCAACGGGAACAGUAGUCUGUCAUUUAUAUUAUCGGCCAUUUUGAGGACAUGACUUGACGUGUGGCUUCAGUUUUCUAAUGCACAUAUGGUUUUAUUUUGAUUUAUUUUUUGUCUUUUCAUUGAUGGAUGAAAAGCUGAACCUGUCUGUCAAACUCAGCUGCUGAUUUAUUUCCUCCACCUUCUUAUUUACCACAAUUCUUUAAUGUUGUUUCCAGUAGAGAUCAGGUUUUGACAGCAUACUUGUCACAGAAUUGCGGCUGUUGUUACCAAAACGUACCACAGAAACCAAAGUUAAACCCAUGCAAAGAUAUUUUUACACUGUGGAAUAAAUGAAAGAGGAAUCAGUCUGUGUGGUAUCUAAAGAACCAUCUGUUGGAUCAAAUCAGCCUCAUUAAAGAUGAAUAAAACGAG